CGUCUUCGUUCUACCGCCAUCAUCAGUCACGAAAAGCCACACACAGUGAGGGAAGUUGAUUUACAUUAGUGUUUCUCUUCCGUACCAGUUACGUUCUAUCGCAAGCCGUACAAAUGAAGAUGGUGGAUAAAAUUGAAAUGAGUCUGGACGAUAUUAUCAAACAGACCAAAGGAUCUAGAGCGCGUGGCGGCGGCGGCGGCAGCGGCGGUAGACGCGGCAGAGGCGCCGGCAGUUCACCCCGUCGAGGAGCACGUAGGGUACAGAGAGCUAGUGGCGGCGUUAUGCGAGGACGCAAUCGCGGUGGUAUUGCACGCAGCUCUCUACCAUACACGAGAGGCGAUGUAAACAGUGCUUGGAAACAUGACAUGUUCGAUGGUGUAAAAAAGGUUGGUCGUGGUGCAAUAGGCAAUGCUGGAACGACCAAACUUUUGGUAUCAAAUCUUGAUUUUGGUGUAUCAGAUUCAGACAUACAGGAAUUAUUCAGUGAAUUUGGACCUUUAAAAUCAGCAGCAGUACAUUAUGACAGAUCAGGCCGAUCUCUAGGUUCUGCUGAUGUUAUAUUUGAAAGACGAGCAGAUGCUAUCAAAGCAAUGAAGCAGUAUCACGGAGUACCGUUAGAUGGUCGUGAAAUGAACAUACAAGUAGCUACUUCUGAAUUACCAAUCGCUUCUAUCCGUGGUGGCCCAAGACUUAGCAGUGUUAAUUAUACACAAAGACCUCAGACACGUUUUAGAGGAAAUCGUGGCACAGGAUCUAUUAGAGGUCGUGGAAGUGGUCGGCGUGGAGGAGGUAGAGGAGGUACUCGACAAGUGACAAAGACACCUACGGCCGAAGAGUUAGAUGCAGAAUUGGAAGCUUAUGUGAAGGAAGUCAAGUAACAUCAUAAAAUUGCUAUAUUCAGAUUUUUGUUCAAUCUGACUAACACAAUACAUGUAAUAUUGUUGCCUCUAUCUUUCAUGAAGUUAUAAAUACAGUUAUAAAUACAAUCCUAUUAAAAUUUAGUAAAAUAUACAAAAAUUAAUUUAGUUUUUAUUUUUGACGAUUCUUUCCGAAAUUGGUACAGCAAAUUUUACAAAUCUUUGCGAAUAUUCGUAGAAAUUCAUAGAUUUUUUUUAUGACACAAUGUAAUACAAGAAAAUUAAAAAAAAAUUACUUAUGAUUGUAAAGACUGUAUGAAUUUGUAUGUACUAUCGUGCGUGUGUGCUCAUCAGAUGAAAAAUACAAUGAGAUACAUCUCGAAAA